UGAAAAUUUUCAGCCACUUAUGAAGCAUCAAAGUGGUGGCGCGGAGGCAGAUGCCGAGCAGUUCGACAAAAUUGCUGAUUCCAAGGGGUGCGGGGACAGCUCCAAAGGACCGAAAAGCCCUCGCAUGGAAUCGCAGGAAGGGAAGGUGCGGCAGCUGACGCGCAGAGCAGACUUUUUCGCAUCACGCGCUCGGUAUGCUGAUGCACUCCCUCUUGUUGAUCAGGCACUUCUUUUGGAACCGAAUCGGCCAGAGCUGCACCUGGGGAGAGGCCAGUGCUUGAUGCAGCUUGACAAGCUGGAAGAAGCGUUGACUUCCUUUGAGGCUGCCCUGCGUCUGGAUUCUCAAUGCAUCUCCGCGCAGCGGAACAAGGCUUUGCUACUCGCAAAGCAACGAAGAUGGCAUGACGCAAUUCUUUCGUUUCGAGAGGCCCUGAGCGUUGAGCCGACGCAGGAACUUCGGAUGGAAUUGGCCAGAUGCCUCACCGAACAUGCGAUCCAACUGAAGGCGUCCGGCCAUGGUGAUCUUCAACUUUUUCACGAAGCAAUCCAGGCUUGCGACUCCUAUGCCCCAGCAUUCUUCCAGCUUGGUGUUUGCUACUCUGAGGUCAAUGACAGCAUCAAGGCCAAAGAGAUGUACAGAAAAGCGGUGCAGCUUCAUCCAGGGUACGUGGAGGCUCUGAAUAAUCUUGGCGUGGCUUGCAGGGAGCUGGGAGAGUGGGAGCAUGCAAUAGAGGCAUACGGCAUGGCUCUGAAGGUGAAUCAAAACUGCAGUAAGACCCGGGAGAACAUGGCGAUCUCUUUGCUUCAGCUGGGGUGUCGUCACUUGCAGCGGAAGGAGCUGAAAGAGGCUGGCAAAGCUCUGAAACAAGGGCUUUCCUUCAACUCCAGGAAUGCUGAUAUUUACUUUAACCUGGGCGUGCUUUAUGCUGAGAAGGAAAAGUGGGACCAAGCCAAGGUCAACUACGAGUUGGCAAGCAACUUUGACCCUAGACACGCGAAUGCCCACAACAACCUGGGAGUGAUCCACAGGCGACUGGGAAAUCCUGAAGCAGCCAUGAAAUGCUUCGAAAGUGCACUGGAGGUUGACAGCAAGAUGAACUUGGCAAGCAAGAACCUGGGGGCCAUUUAUGGCUCAAUGGGGCGAAUGGAUGAUGCGAUCCGACUUACACGAGUUGCAAUCGACUCCAACAGACAAGAUGCAGAGGCCUACAACAAUCUGGCACUUCUGCUGAGAGAUCAGUGUGAUGUCGAUGCCUGCCUGGAGAACUUGGACAUUUGCAUCAGUUUGGAACCUGAGAGUCGACAUGCCGGUUCCAACCGACUCAUGUCCCUGAACUAUCAGUCUGAGCGAUCAAGGGAAGAGGUGUUUGAGGCUCACAGAAGCUGGGGAAGCUGCGUGGAAAGCAGCGUCAGCCAGGUCUUCAGCUGGGAUGGGGCGAGGGGAAACUCUGGCCCCCUACGCGUGGGCUACAUUUCACCCGACUUCUAUUCUCACUCAGUCUCCUACUUCAUCCAUUCUGCCCUGAAGUAUCAUGAUCCAGCGUUCGUUGCUGUAACAUGUUACAGUGACGUCGCGCUGGAGGAUGACAAAACCAGACAAUUCAAAGAACUGGUGCCGCAAUGGCGGACCAUUUGUGGCCGCAGAGAUGAUGAGGUCGCAAAGCUGAUUUACGAUGAUGGUAUCGACAUCCUGGUGGAUUUGACUGGACACACUGGCAACAACCGCUUGGGAGUCUUUGCCAGAAAGCCUGCACCAGUUUGCAUCACCUGGAUUGGCUACCCUCACACCACUGGGCUGACCCGAAUGGACUACAGAAUCUCAGACGAGUUCGCGGAUCCAAAGGAUGCUCCAGGCCUCACAACGGAAAAGAUCCUCUACCUGCCGGAAUGCUUCUUGUGCUAUACGCCCCCAGAGACUGCACCACCCGUGGUGCUGAAGCCUGCGCAGGAAUCCUACGGGUGCAUUACCUUUGGAUGCUUCAACAAUCUUGCGAAGGUCAGCAGCCUAACUAUCAGAAUGUGGAGCAAGCUCUUGCAUGAGGUGCCAGGCUCUCGCCUCUUCGUGAAAUCCAAGGCCCUAGCGUGCCCCAAAGUGCAGGACAAGAUGCGGGCUGCUUUUGCAGUGCAUGGAAUUCAGGCUUCUCGUCUGGAUUUGACUGGCUUGCAGCCACAAACAGGCAGCCACCUUCACAUGUACAGCUUUAUCGAUGUGGCUUUGGAUACCGCCCCAUAUGCUGGCACGACUACUACUUGUGAGGCACUUUACAUGGGAGUUCCAGUGGUUACGCUCAAAGGACGAGGUAUUCAUGCACAGAAUGUUGGAGCUUCAUUGCUUUCAGCUGUUCAGUUGGGUGACUUGGUCACUGAAACUGAGGAGGAUUUUGUUAAGCAGGCUGCGGCUUGUGCAAAAAACUUGCCUCGACUCGCUGCGUUGCGAGCUGGCUUGAGGACACGCAUGUUGAGGUCUGUCCUGUGCGACGGCCCACGUCAUGUGGCGCGCCUGGAACGACUCUAUGCUGGAGUCAUUUCUGACCUUGCCAGAAGCAACACCUCCGCGUUGAACAUACAGGAGUCAGCUACCGGCUCUCUUGCAGAAGCUCAAUAAGGCUUUUGACCUGAGAGAGAGUUUGUGUAACUUUCCUGAUGGCUGGCCACUAAUACCUCUGCUUGGCACAUGGAAACAACCUCGG